AAAUUGGUCACUUUAAAGGGAUACUCACCAAAGAAGAUAUACACAGAUGGAAAAUUAGCGUAUGAAAAGACACUCCAGGUGUGAACUCAGGGAAGUGCAAACCUCAGCAACAGAAUACCACCCGCACCGUUAUUAACAGAACAGCCAAAAUCCGGAAGACUGACAAGUGCAAAUGUUGGUGAGGGUGUGGAGCAACGCUCCCUCGCUGCUGAUGGGAGUUAGAAUGGCACAGCCACUUUAGAAGAGCAUUUAGCGGGUUCUUACAAAGCUAAACAGACUCUUGCUCUAUGACCCAGCAAUCAUGCUUCUUGGUAUUUACCCAAAGGAGGUAAGAAUGUAUGUCCACACAAUGCGUAUAGCUACUUCACUCAUAAUUUCCAAAAGCAACCAAAAAUAAACUGUGGGACAUCCGGACAAUGGAAUUUUACUCAGUGCAAAAAGAAAUGAACUUUUAAAAGCUAUAAAAAGACAGGAAAGAAACUUAAAUGCACAUUACUAAGUGAAGGAACCCAAUCUGAAAAGGCCGCAUAACUGCAGGAUUCCAACUAUUUGACGUUCUGGAGACCGUUGUAGACUGUAAAAAGAUCAGUGAUCGACAGGGGGUGCGCAGCGCAGGAAAGGGAUGACCACACAGAGCAGAGAGUGGAUGCACAUCACCAUACACCUGUGUAGACCCACAGCAUGUACAGGAGAGAAAAUCAGCAUGGAAAAUAUUAGCAUGGAAAAGUAGCUAAGGCCGCCGUUGAUCCGGUGCUGCAGUGAGGAGGUGGUUCUCGCCCGUGUUGUGUGUGUGUGUGAGUGAGAGAGCGAGUGAGUGAGUGUGUGUGUGGGGGGACUCGGCUUGUUGUUGUCGGUGACUUCCCCCUCCCCUCCACCCCUCCCCUUUCCCCGCCUCCGCUGCAGUGGCCGCUCCCUGGGCCGUAGGAAAUGAGCGAUAAUGAUGACAUCGAGGUGGAGAGCAACAAAGAGCAACCGAGGUUUCAAUCUGCGGCUGACAAACUGGCUCAUCAUAAUGCACUGGAACGAAAACGCAGGGACCACAUCAAAGACAGCUUUCACAGUUUGCGGGACUCAGUCCCCUCACUCCAAGGAGAGAAGGCAUCCCGGGCCCAAAUCCUAGACAAAGCCACAGAGUAUAUCCAGUAUAUGCGAAGGAAAAACCACACACACCAGCAAGAUAUUGAUGACCUCAAGUGGCAGAAUGCUCUCCUGGAGCAGCAAGUCCGUGCACUGGAGAAGGCGAGGUCGAGUGCCCAACUGCAGACCAACUACCCCUCCUCAGACAGCAGCCUCUACACCAACGCCAAGGGCAACACCAUCUCUGCCUUCGAUGGGGGCUCGGACUCCAGCUCGGAGUCGGAGCCUGAAGAGCCCCAAAGCAGGAAGAAGCUCCGGUUGGAAGCCAGCUAAGCUCUGCGGGGCAGGCCAGCAAUAAAAACUGUCUGUCUCCUCCGUUGUCUUAUCCUCCUUUCAGUUCAUCUUUAGAACCCUCAGAACCAUUUAAGAGACUCUGUUUUUUUUUCCUCUUUCUCUUUUUUUUAAAUUUUAUUUUUACGUAGAAGCUCUUGGACAACAGCUCUCGUUCUCCUUCCCCAUUUCCACUUUUUUUUUUUUUUUAACGUUUCCCUUCAGGGAUUCCCUGUCCCCACCAGGAAUUUUUAAACCAUAACACCCCAACUUGGCAGCUUUCUCUGUGGAGGACAGACAGCCGGCCAGACCUCUGAGCACAUGGUGUCCUGACCACCCACCAGCUCCUCCAGCCCCGCCGGGCACGUGCCCGGGGGACUCCUGCCCCACCCAGGCCUCUCCUUCCGGGCCAUCCUCACUUCUGUUUGAUAGGCUUUGUGAAUCUGUGGACUGCUCUACUUUCAGAAGAUGACCAGUUUGGAGUAAUCAGAAUUAUUCCCCCUUCUUUUUAAGGAUUUUUUUUCCGCCCCUAAAAGGCUAUUUAUCCCUCCUAUUGAAAGACCAGAUCCUUGGAGAAGUUUGUGGUAUAAAAGGAAGCGGGGACAGAUUUGCAGCACAGAGUCUCGGCCUGUUUCACUCCUGCUUCUCUCAGCUAGCCUUAGGGAGGCCGUGUGGCGCUUGUGUGGCGUGAGGGGACGGCAGCAGUGGAGCGGGAGCCGCCAGGGGGUGGUAGGGGUGGGUGGGCCGAGGAGGGGGGAUUGGGUGGAGUUGAGGUUUUGUAUUGAGGGCCAGUGAUGAUGUUUUGAUAUUUAUUUCCUGCUACUGAAAUUUGAACCUGAGUGAAUUGUCCCUAUGAUGAUGUCGGUAUUGCAAAGCGACAGAUUCAUCAAGUAAUGAUCAAAUCUUGCUUUCUUUCCGUGUGUAUUUCUAAGAAAUAGAGCCAACUGAUUUGGUAUGUAAAUACCAAGAGCGGUUCACCUCGUACUAAACCCGCACCUCAGUGUGGACCCCUCCCCACCCUCGCCCGCCCCUCCCCUUCCGACUGUCCUGGAACCUGUCCCCAUUAUGUGAUCCAGCCCUGGUUCUGGCUGCGGUCAGCAGAUCCCAGUGAAGGGUUUUGUGUGUUUAGGCCUCAUUUCUUUGUAUUUUUCCUACUCUGUUCCCGGCAUUUGCUGAUUUCUAGUGUAUACUCUGUAGUCUCAGUCCGUGUUUGAGUCCAUUCCAUGGAAAUAAAAAGUAUGUUGUACAUACUGCUGAAGAAUUGUCUUGCAAGUUAAGGCUUUCCCCUUUACUAUAAGACUAUAAACAAAAACUUAUUUUAUCCUUAAAAAAAAAAAAAGAAAAGUAGCUAAAAAUUAGCAUGCAAAAUGCUGAGAAGAAAACCCCAGUGUAAACCGUGGACUUUGGAUAAUAAUGAGGCGGCAACAUAGGGUUGUGCGUUGUGAGAGACAUCCGCUCUGGUGGGGAACACUGAUGAGAGGGGCUGUGCAUGUGUGGGGGCCGGGGGCACACGGGAAAUGCCUGCACUUUACUCUCCAUUUUGCUGUCGAAUUAAAACUGCUCAAAAAAAUAUUUUUUUUGUUUUAAAUAAUGGGCAAAAGAUUUGAACAGAUUCUUCACCAAAGGAGAUCUGUGAAUGGCGUGCCAUUUGUAUUGGUACACAAAAAGAUGCUCAGCGUCGUUACCAUCAGGGAAACCCCACAGUUACACCACGAGGUGCCACUACACUCAGUGGGGUGGCGGGACUGAAGAGACUGAAGAUGCCAAGUGCUGAGGAGGACUUGGAGCCUCGAGAAGUCUCGUGGACGGCUGGUGGGAAUGUAAAACGGUAUCAUCACCC